UAUACAUAUGUGGAUUAACCCAUUAAAUAAACUUUUGUAUAUAAAUUCUUUUAUUGUAUAAACAUUUUAUCGCAAUAAAUAAAAAUGUUUAUAUGUGUUAGAUUUCCAGCUCAAAGAGGAGUCUUAUCUAACAUAGAGCAUUGUAAUUUAAAUAAAAAUGUUAAACUAUUUUAUUUUUUAAACAAUUGUAAACUAUAUUCUACAAAACCCGGUCUUAUAUUACAUUUUAGACCCGGUUGUGUAUUAUAUCCUAGAGAUAUAAAGAGUAAAUUGUUUUGUAACUUUGGUACUUUAGCUUCCAUAAAUUCACCUGUUAAAGGUAGUCCAAUUCAUGCUUAUUUGGUUCAAAGAGGUACUUCAAACGAAUUAGAAUCUCACGAAGACAUAUACAAAACUAUAAUUUCUAAACUUGAACAUUUAACCAAACACCUGGAAAUCAAAUUGGACUCAAUUCCAUAUGAACUGAACUACAAUGAUCAAUCUUAUAACUUUAUUCAUCGUUCACAUAGGUACCCUAAGGAAUCCUUUUCAUAUGAAGGUUUUAUUAACCUUUCCCUGACAAACAAUGAGUUGUACACUAACUUUGUCUCGGAAAUUAGACUCCGCCAACUUGAAGAAUUAACAUUAAAUCGUAAACUAAACCCCUCAACAAACUUAUUUAAUCAAAAAGGUGUACAAGUACAAUUUAAUGAAAAGGAGCUCCAAAAUUUACAGAAACUUUUGGAUACAAAUUUCUCAAGUAUGGUUAAAACAAUGACAUUUGAACAGUCGAUUUUGCUGAUAAAGAGAAUGUAUCUUCUAGGUUUAACCGUAUCAUAUAAUAACUUUUGUGACCUCUUAAAUUCCCUUAAAUCCCUCAAUAAACUAUCAGCAAAGGAGUUGGUGGAGUUGGCGAUUUGCGUUAGAGCGUAUGUCGACUCUGAUAACAGUUUUCUUCGUUAUUUUAUGGUUUCCAUAGGAUCUGCACUCGAGGAUAAGGUUUCAGAUUUUGAACUUUUAUCUGACCAGAAAUUAAUUGAUUAUUUAUUUCCUCUUUCUCUAAUGCAGUUUAAUGCUCACCCAUUCUCCUGGUUAAUCAUUUCAAACUCUAAAAUUUUAGAUCAAAUCACUCAAGAUUUUGAAUCUCUUGCCGUAAACUACCAGGCCAAACUCCUGACAAUAUUGUCGUCACUGGUUUCUUCUCCUGAAAUUGCCAGUAAAUAUUACACCGUCUACAACUCACUCAUUAAUUCAUUACAAGAAUCAAUCAAGUCAAUCCCCUCCAAUGAAAUAUUAAGUAUGAUGAGCAUUAAUGUGUGUUACCCGAAUUUUGAGAUGCUGAGGGAGUCUCUGUUCAAGGAAGCCUUGAACAGGUGGAGUGAAUUCCCAGUAAACUCACUUGCAUUUCUGUACUUGAAGCAUAAAGACGAAAUACCAAGAGAGUGUUCUGACGAGUUUCUGAAGAGUUUGGGUCUUAAUCUGAGAGCAUUGACUCCAAAGUACCUCCCAGAGUUAUACUGCUCAUACCUUAAAACCGGUCAAUUAACGACAAAUCAAUGCAGAUCAUAUGAAUACUACUUGGGUCUGGGGUACGCUUCACUCACAGUAAGGAACGUUUCAAACCUUUUAAUGUACCUAAGCAUUAAUGGGAAGUAUACUUGCAGAAUCUAUGAUCAUAUAAUAAGAAGAUUUCAAAACUUCAAAGAUUCAAACUCACUCACAAAUCAACAGCUACUGGACGUGGUAUUGUCAAUGUCGUUGGUUGGGAUUCACACGAGAAAUGUUUGGAGCAAUGUCAACCUUUCAAAUUUAGUGUUCCAAACACCCAAAAAUAUACUUGUAUACCUAGGUUACGCAUUUCUCAUUACUAAUCUCAGGGGUCAUAAACUGUGGAAUGUACUUGUUCAGAGAAUAUUGGGAGAGAAUAAGCAUUAUAACUCUGAGACGUAUGAAGUGUUAAAAUCUGCGGAAAUAUUAAAGUUUAUACCAAAUGACCAGUUUAAUGGAAACCUUAACCGUCUGUUAGAGCAUUGCAAACAACUAUACUUUUCAAAAUUAGCAAGACAGAGAUAUAGAUCAAAGGUGCCGUAUGAGGAAAUAUUCAACAAUUUGGGACUCAGAUAUAAAAAAGAAAUCAUAAUCAACGAGUUAUACGAGGCGCCAUAUGUGUUACCGGAGUUUGGAAUAAUAAUUGAACCCACAAGAGAUCAAAUAAAUCAUCAGACGUCAGGAUGUGUAACUGGAGAAGCGAUGUUGAGGCAUAGAGUCUGGACCAAGUUAAACUAUAGAAUAUUCUCAUUCCAUGAUUCGGAGUGGCAAGAGUUUUAUAACGAAAACGAGGAUAGUAAUAGCGAAAACGAUGGAGGUUCGUGGGAUAUUGAGAAAAUGACGUUGCAUUUCUGUAAGAAUACAAGGCUAAAUCAUCUAAUUGCUGGGGAAGGCCAAGAACGGCGUCAAAUUUUGAAAAUCAAGUCACCUGAGUCUAGAAGACAUACGCUACUCAAAAGCUCAAGAACCGCAAGUGCACAUUCAUCCAAAAUCAAAAGACUACAAAACAUUAUUAUACAACAAUCCGACAAUUGAAUAAUUUAUCUCAUUUUAGUAAAUUAAAUUUCUGUUAAUUUAAUGUAAAU